AUGUCGGAAGAUUACUCUACUUCACAUCCACCUUUAUCUCAUAUAAGAGCACAAGUACUCCACCAUAUUCAUUCAAUGCUUCAAACAAUGGGAAGUGAUAUUAAUGAUUACCAUUUGGUCGAUCAUACAGUCACAUCCAAUGAAGAAGCUAUGAAACUAAAAGAAAUACGUGAAGAAUUAAAUAUAUUAAUAUCUGAAGAGGAUUUAUUACUACCAGAAACUUUGAAUGUCAAACAAAGAGAGGCAUAUGAUAUAAUUGUUCAAACAGUAUUUGGUGGAGCAUCUGCUACCUUUUUCAUAGAUGGACCUGGGGGAACUGGAAAAACUUAUUUAUAUAGAGCUAUUCUUGCUACAGUGAGAUCGCGAGGCAUGAUUGCUUUGGCGACAGCAUCCUCUGGAGUGGCUGCAAUUUUAUUACCUGGUGGUCGCACUGCACACUCAAGAUUUAAAAUUCCUCUCACUUGCGAAAAGGAUACUAUAUGCACAGUUAGCAAACAAUCUGGAUUAGCCAAAUUACUACAAUGCGUAAAAUUGAUAAUAUGGGAUGAAGCUCCGAUGUCUCAUCAUCAAUCAAUAGAAGCUUUGGACUUAAUGUUGAAAGACAUAAAUGAUUCUGCUCAACCAUUUGGUGGUAAAGUUGUUGUGCUUGGUGGAGAUUUCCGACAAGUAUUACCUAUUGUUCAAAAAGCCAGAAGAGAAGAAACUAUUGAUGCAACUUUAGUGAAAUCAUAUUUAUGGCCUUUGCUUCACAAAAUUCAAUUAACAGAAAAUAUGCGCGCACGAUUAGAUCCAAGCUUUUGCAAGUUUUUACUUCGUGUCGGCAAUGGUGAAGAACCAACAAAUAAUGAUGAAAAAAUUGAAAUUCCUGCAUCAAUGAUUAUUCCAUAUGAAGAUGAUACUUCAUCAUUAAAAAAUUUAAUAAAUAAUAUCUUCCCAAAUUUAGAUGAAUGUGCAAGCAACACACAUAUGAUGAUCCAUCGAGCAAUAUUGACACCAAAGAAUGAAUAUGUUGAUCAUAUAAAUAAUUUACUGAUACAACAAUUCCCAGGCAACGUAACUACAUACUAUAGCUAUGACGAAAACAUAGACUCUACUGAACAAAAAAUUGAAGAAGAUUUUUUACAUAGCUACACACCAAGUGGGUUUCCCCCUCAUCAACUUCUUCUAAAACUAAAUUGUCCAAUCACAUUGCUACGAAAUAUUAAUCCUUCUGAAGGCUUGUGUAAUGGUACACAGCUACUGUGUCGUCGUUUUAGCUCAAAUUUAGUUGACGCGGAAAUAGUUAGUGGACAAUAUUCUGGAAAAAGAGUCUUCUUACCAAGAAUUCCAUUUACACCAAUUGAAAAUCAACAAAACUUGUUCCCUUUUAAAAGAACUCAAUUUCCAAUUCGCUUAAGUUUUGCUAUGACAAUAAAUAAAGCUCAAGGUCAAAGUUUAGAGCAUGUUGGAUUAUACCUUCUGGAGCCUAUCUGGAAGAUGGAGAGGCAAAUCAAAAGCAUAAAAGAAAUAUUCCCUCGAAGUAAAAAUUGGAUCUGCAAGGUAUUAGUAGCUGAGAAGCAUCCUCCCAGAAAUUCUCGCCGUAAUUCCUCCAUAUUUCAACAUCUUCUGCUUGUUGACAAGGAGGGAACAAGGAUACAAGCUACAAUCUUUGAGGAAAACAUACAAAAAUAUGAAAAGUUAAUCAUUAUGUUUAAGACGUACAACAUCUCAAAUGCUUUAGUCAAUUUCAUUCCACAACAAUAUCGGAUAGUUGAUAAUAAGUACCAGUGGAUCAUCAACGAGCACACUGCUGUUAAAGAAGUUGAAGAUGAAGAAAUAAUAAAUGCACCACAGGAACUUUAUAACUUCUCUUUUGUGCCAUUCAAUGCUUUGGAGCAAUAUAAAAGUCGCACAAUGGAAGUUGAUAUCCUGGCUUUAGUCAUCGACAUACAACCACGAAAAUAUAUCCCGACAUCAUCUGGUGUAAGUUGUGUUCGAGAAUUGACUCUACUGAAUGAAGAGUAA